UUAAGUACAACCGGUUCUUGAAGAGCAGAAGAUAUGAAAUCAAAAAGGUGCCUCUAAAAGAUCUUUAACUUCUGGUUCCAGUGUUUUUCUUCACGUCAUACUCUUACUUGCAUCAGGAACUGGUUUUUAGUAUUACCAUUCACUAUGUGACAGUCUCAUUCUGGAUCUGACACGGUUUUUGCUUUUGUGUUCCACCUGUUGGAUAGUUAAAUGGUGCUAAUAACUGAGAAUGGUGUACUUCUGGUCAAAGAUCACCAAUGCGGCACCGGCCACAACCGAGCGAGAGACUGGAACAAUGAGGAGUCCUCCAUACAGAGCACCACUUUCGUGGAGCCGACAGAGGACUCUUAUUAUGCAGAUGAUGAAGACCACCAUCCUUAUGAUGAUGAUGAUGACGACGACGACGACGUCUACCAAGAAUUUGAGGAGCUGGACUUUUCAGAACUACCAGACACCAAGAGCAUUGUGUCUGAAGAUUCCUUCUACCCACCUGACGAUUCGCUCAACUUUGAAACAUGUCAGGAUCCUGAGAGCCCAGAGCCAAUCAGCUUCUUUAAAGCGUGCUGCUCUAACAACGCCAUCAUCGUCAAAAUCAUGAUUAGACAAGGUGUGACGGAGGAGGAGGUGCGAGAGACGGACAAAAAUAACAGAACAGGUCUGAUAGUGGCGUGUUACCAGGGCUACGUGGAUGUGGUCAUUGCACUCUCUCAUUGUCCAUAUGUGGAUGUGAACUGGCAGGAUAAUGAGGGGAAUACUGCUCUCAUGACUGCUGCACAAGCAGGUCACAGUACGAUUACCAAUUACCUGCUGAACUACUUUCCCGGGCUUGACACUGAGCGCAGGAACUGCCAUGGCUUCACUGCGAUGAUGAAAGCAGCCAUGCAGGGUCGAGCCGAAUGCGUACGCUCUCUCAUGAUGACAGGAGGAGACAUUGAAGCAAGGGACUUUGGCCGUAAGCUGACACCACAGGAAUGGGCCCUGUUCACGGGCCGUUAUGAGACCGCCAGACUGAUGGCCCGACUGAUGGAACAGCCAUGUGCCGAACAGUUCUGUGACUCUUACCACAUGGAGUGGCCUAUGCUAAGCGAACUGGUAGCUCAUUCAAAGCAGCCCAAAUCCUGCUGGAGAAAGUUCUCUGAGUGCGUCUGUAACUUGUUUUCCAUCAACAUGAAGACUAACCCUGUGGACGAAGGCGCCAUGGACUACACGGUGCGCAUGACUACAGCGCUGGCCAGUCCAUUCAUAGCCACUGCCUGCCACACUGUGUGUCCGGGCAGCCCUCCGUGUGUGGGAAAACGUCGCCCUGCUGUCCAGGACAUCAUCCGUAAACAGCGUUUGGCUGAGCUGAAGAACCUGGGGCCUGAGCGCCUCAACAACUAUAAGCGGCUCUUCCAGAACUCCAGGGUGCUGCUGGUGCCGAAGAAGCAGGAGCGGCGCGCCAGUCUGCAACCGCAGUUACUCCAAACUGUCGCGAUGGCCUCCACCAUGGCCCUGCGGAGAAGCAGCCUCCUGCCACUUCAUAUGAUGCGCAGGAGCAGCGUGCGUCCUGGGAUGGUGGUUCCUAAAGUCAUGCUGUGCAAAGCACCUCCUUCCACAUACACCCCGGAGCCGCCACCGUCCAGAACUUCAAAAGACUUAUUGCACCUACAGAUCCCUAAAUGGAAGUACAAAGCUCUGAAGGAGGAGAAGAAAGCGGAACGCAUGGAUAGGUUAAGACUGCCAGUUGGGAGGAAAAAGUGAUGUGGCUUUUGAUGCCAAAGUGUUUUUAAGGAUUUUUUUCUACUGUGAAGGCUUAUUGUCAGUGUGAGAGUCA